CCCUGGCUCAUACUGUAGAGCUCCCCGAGGAGGAUGGGCCCACCCCAAUGCAGUCAGAGGACUUAGCUCAGCCAGCAGAGCUCCCUGAGGAGUCUGGGCCCACCCCAGCCCAGCUGGAGACCCCAGUUCAGCCCACGGAGCACCCCGAGGAGGCUGGGUCCACCCCAGUCCAGCCAGAGACCCCGGCUCAGCCUGUAGAGGUCCCCGAGGAGGCUGGGUCCACCCCAGUCCAGUCAGAGGCCUCAGCUCAGCCAGCAGAGCGCCCUGAGGAGACUGGGCCCACCCCAGUCCAGCCGGAGAUCCCAGUUCAGUCUGUAGAGCACCUGGAGGAGGCUGGGCCCAUUCCAGUGCAGCCAGAGGCCCCAACUCUAGUUCCAGAGUUUCCUAUGGAGUAUCUACCUCAAACUCCUGAAAAUGAUGAGAUGCUAAGUCAACCUAUAAGCCACCAUCCAAGCUAUUUCAAGUUUGCCAGUGUCACAUAUAAACCUGUGGAUCUGGAACUUACCAUAACUCCAGAGCCGGCUAAGGAGGUUGAUUCUUCUACAGCCCAGCAGGAGGUCCCACCUCAGCCUCUUGAGCAUACUGAGGAAGCAGAACCUCCUCCAAUCCAGCAAGAGACCUCAGCUAAGCCUCCAGAGGAGGGUGAGCCUUCAGGUGAGCAGGAGCAACCAGCUCAGCCUUCUGAGUCUCCUGGGGGGACUGAACCUUUUCUAACUCAGCAGGAGACCCCAGCUCAGCCUUCAGAGCCUCCCGAGGAAGCUAAGCCUCCAAGCGUACAGGAACAACCAGCUCCGCUUUCUGAGCCUAGUGGGGAAUUUGAACAUUCUCUGACUCAGCAGGAGACUCCAGCUCAUUCCUCAGAAAAUCCUGAAGAGGCAGAACAUUUCCCAGCUCAGCAGGAGACCCCAACUCAUUCCUCAGAGAAUCCUCAAGAGGCAGAACAUUCCCCAGCUCAGCAGGAGACCCCAGCUCAGCCUACAGAGCAUCCUGAGGAGGUAAAACCUGCAACUCAGCAGGAGCCCCCAGUUCCGCUUCCAGAGACUUUUGGAGAAGCUGAACCUUCUUCUUCAGCCCAGGAGGAGGCCUCAGCUCAGCCUGCAGAACUUCCUAAUAAGGCAGAAUCUUCAAUCCAGCAGGAGACCCCAGCUCAGUCUCCAGGAGAGAUACAACCUUCAGCAGCCCUACAAGAACAACCAGCUCAGCCUCCAGAGCUGCCUUCUGGGGAGGUGGAACCUGCUCCAACCCAGCAGGAGCACCUAGCUCAACCUCUAGGGCAUCAAUGGGUGACAGUUUCGCCUCUAGGUCACCAUCAUGUUCAACAUUUAAACCUGCCCAGUGUUAAACCUGCAGAUGUGCAGGUUACCAUAACACCAGAACCCACUCCAGAGGUGGAAACUCUGCCAGUUCAGCAUGAGGCUGCAGCUCAGCCCUCUGUGCCCCUUGAUGUGGAACCUUUUGCAACCCAGCAUGAAGCCCCAACUCUGCCUCCACAGUCCCCUGAGGAAGCUGGACAUUUGCCAGUUGAGCAGGAGACUCCAACUGAUUCCCCAGAACCUACAAUACAGGAGAAACCUCCAGCACAGCAGGAGACCCCAGUUCAGCAUCUGGAGUAUCCUGGAGAAGUUAAACCUCCCACAACCCAGCAGGAGGCCCCAGCUCAGCAAUCACAGGCCCCUGAAGGAGGCGAACCAUCUUCAACCCAGGAGGAGGUCCCAGCCCAACCUCCAGAGACCCAGGGAGAGAGAGAACCAUCUCCAUCCCAGGAGGAGGCUCCAGCUCAGUUUCCACAGACCCCUGAGAAGGGUGAAUCUUCAGCCCAGGGGGAGAGCCAAGGUCAGCACCCACAGACCUCUGAGGAGGUUGCACCUUCUCCAACCCAGCAGGAGGCCGAAGCUCAGCGCCCUCAGGUCCCAGAGGAGAGUGAGCCUUCUUCAACCCAACAAGGGACCCCAAAUCAGUAUCCAGAGUCUCUUGAGGGGAUUGAAUCUUCUCUGGCCCAGUCAGAGGCCACAGUUCAGCAUCCAAAUCCCCUUGGGGAGGUUAAACCUUAUGCAACAUAUCAGGAGGUCCCAAGUCAGCAUCUACAGACUUCUGAGGAGGUUUACCCUUCUGCCACCCAACAGGAAGCUGCAGCUCAGCAUCCAGAGCCUUCUGGUGAAGUUGAACCUUCCCCAACCCAACAGGAAGUCCCAGCUCACUCUCCAGAGCAUCAUGUGGUAACAGCUUCUCCUCUAGGUCAGAGUCAAGCUCAGGUUCUGCUGUUGCCCCAUGUCACUGUUAAACCUGUGGAUCUGGCACUUAAUAUAACUCCAGAGUCCACCAAUGAGGUUGAAACUUCUUUACCCCAACAAGAGGCCCCAGCUCAGUCUGCAGUGUUCCCUGGGCAGUUGGAACCUUCUCCAAUCCAGUCAGAGGCCCAAGAUCAGCUUCCAGCCCCUCCUGAAAAUGUUGAACCUUCUCAGAUCCAACAGGGAGUCCCAACUCAGCCUGAAGAUCUUCCUGAGGAAAAUGAACUAUCCCCAAUUCAGCAGGAAGCUGCAGCUCAGCAUCCAGAGCCUUCUGGUGAGGUUGAACCUUCUCCGGUCCAUCAGGGAGGUCCAACCCAGCCUGAAGGUCUUCCUGAGGAAAUUGGUGUUCCUCCAAUCCAGCAGUGGAGCUCACCUCUGUCUCACAUGCGUGUUGUGGGUGUAGAACCUUCUCCAGUCCAGCAUGCUGUCCCAGCUCAUCAUCCAAACCCCAAUGAGGGGAUUGGGCCUUCUCCAGUUCAGCAUGAGAACCUAGCUCCGCCUCCAGAGUCCUCUACGGAUGUUGUAUCUCAGCCUCCACUACAUCAUGAGGUGACAUUCUCACCUUUAGGUCCCGGUAAAGCUCAGUAUCCACUGUUGCCCAAUAUCACAGUUAAACCUACAGAUCUGGAUGUUUCCAUAACUCCAGUGCCAACUAAGGCUGAACAUUCUCUAGUGCAGCAGGAGUUCCCUGCUCAGGCUCCAGUUACCCCUGAGCAGGCUGAAUUUUCUCCAACCCAGUCCAAGCCUCUUUUCCAGUCUCCGGAGAUCCCCAAAGAUAAAUCUCCUCCAGGCCAACAAGAGGUCAUAGCUCAGACUCCAGAUCCUCCUAAGGAGGUGGAACCUGCUUCAAGCCAAUGGGAGGUCCCAGCUGAGCCAUCAGAGCCCCUUAAGGAGAUUGAACCAUCUGCAAAUGAACAUGCAGUCUCAGCUCAUCCUCCAAAGCCCACCAAGGAAGUCAAACCUGCAAACCAACUGGAGGCCCCAGCUCAGUCUCCUGUCCCCCAGCAGGCCUCAACUAUAUCUCCUGAGCCCCCUAAGGAGAUAGAACCUUCUCCCACACAGCUGGAGCCCCCAGUUCAGCCUUCAGAGCCCCCUAAUGAGGCAGAAUCUUCUCCAACCCAGCAUGGGGCCCCAGCUCAGUCCCCUGUCCCCCUACAGGCCCCAGCUACAUCUCCUGAGCCCCCUAAGGAGGUAGAACCUUCUCCCACACAGCCGGAGGCCUCAGCUCAGCCUUCAGAGCCCCCUAAUGAGGCAGAAUCUUCUCCAACUCAGCAGGAGGCCCCAGCUCAGUCCCCUGUCACCCCACAGGCCCCAGCUAUAACUCCUGAGCCCCCUAAGGAAGUGGAACCUUCUCCCACGCAGCUGGAGGCCCCAGCUCAGCCUCCAGAGCCCCCUGAGAAGGUAGAACUAUCUCCAGUCCAGCAGGAAACCCCAGCUCAGCCUUCAGAGCCCCCUAAUGAGGCAGAAUCUUCUUCAACCCAGCAGGAGGCCCCAGCUCAGGCCCCUGUCCCCCUGCAAGCCCCAGCUAUAUCUCCUGAGCCCCCUAAGGAAGUGGAACCUUCUCCCACACGGCCAGAGACCCCAGCUCAGCCUCCAGAGCCCCCUGAGAAAGUAGAACCAUCUCCAGUCCAGCAGGAAACCCCAGCUCAGCCUUCAGAGGCCCCUAAUGAGGCAGAAUCUUCUUCAACCCAGCAGGAGGCCCCAGCUCAGUCCCCUGUCCCCCAACCGGCCCCAGAUAUAUCUCCUAAACCCCCUAAGGAGGUGGAACAUUCUCCCACACAGCCAGAGGCUCUAGCUCAGCCUCCAGAGCCUCCUGAGAAGGUAGAACCAUCUCCAGUCCAGCAGGAAGCCCCGGCUCAGCCUUUAGAACUCCCUGACAAAGUGGAACCUUUUCCAGUUUCUCAAGAGACCCAUUCUCAGCUUCCACAGUCUCCUGAGAAGGUGGAAUCCUCUCCAGUCCUGCAAGAAGCCCCAUCUCUGCCUCUAGAGCCCCUUAAGGAGAUAGAACCUUCUCCAACCCAGCAGGAGGCUCCAGCUCAGCCUCCAGAACCACCUAAGGAGGUUGUAGCACAACCUCCAGUCCAUAAGGAAGUGAUAGUUCCACCUCCAGGACAAGAUCAAGCUCAGUAUUCACAUUUGCCCAGUGCCACUGUUAAACCUGUUGACCUGGAGCUUACUGUAACUCCAGAGCCUACUACGGAGGCUGGGCAUCCUACAGCCCUGCAGCAGACUCUAACUCUUCCAGAGGACCCCGCGGUGACAAUUCCACAUCCAGAGCAUGUUCAGGCUCAGCAACCAAAUUUGACUGAAGUCACUGUUCAACCUUUAGACCUGGAGCUUACUGUAACUCCAGAACCCACUACAGAGGUUGAACCUCCAACCAUGCAGGAGACACCAGAUCAGACUUCAGAGCUGCCUAAGAAGGUUGUAGGUCAGCCUCCAGCAUAUCAGGAGGUGACAGUUCCAACUCAAAGCCAAGAUCAAACUCAACAUCUAUUAUUACCCAACAUAACAUUUCGACCUUUGGACCUGGAGCUUACCAUAACUCCAGAACCCACUACAAAGGUUGAGCAUUCUCCAACCACGAAGAAAACUACAGCUCCCCCAAAGGACCUCGAAGUGACAUUCGCACACCUAGAGCAGAUUCAGGCUCAGCAUCCAACUUUGACUGAAGUCACAGUUCAACCUUUGGACCUGGGGCUUACCAUAACUCCAGAAUUCACUAAGGAGACUGAACUUUCUGUACCUACGCAGGAGAUCCCAGUUCAGCCUCCAGAGAAACCUAAGGAGUUUGUCGUAGCUCAACCUCCAGUAUAUCAGGAGGAGACUGUUCCAACAUCAGGUCAGGAUCAAGCUCAGCAUCCAUCAUCACCCAAUGUAACAGUUCAACCUUUGGACCUGGAACUUACUGUAAGUCCAGAACCCACUACAGAGGUUCAACAUUCUACAACCCUGAAAAAGACUACAGCUCCUCCAAAAGACCUUGAGGUGACAUUUGCACAUUCAGAGCAGGUUCAGUCUCACCGUCCAACCUUAAAUAUAGUCACAGUUAAACCUUUGGACCUGGAACUCACUGCAACUCCAGAAUCUAUUACGGAGGUUGAACAUUCUUCAGCCAUGCGUGAGACCGCAGAUCAGCCUCCAGAGCCACCUAAAGAACUUGUUUCUCAACCUCCCAUGUAUCAAGAGGCAGUGGUUCCAACACCACGUCAGGAUCAAGCUAAGAAUCUGUGGUCAUCAAAUGUGACAGUUCAACCUUUGGACCUGGAGCUUACCAUAACUCCAGAAUCUACUACAGAGCUUAAACAGUCUACAACAGUGCAGCAGCAGCAGACUACAACUCCUCCAAAGGACCUUGAGGUGACAUAUCCACAGUCAGAGCAGGUUCAGGCUCAGCAUCCAACCUUAAAUAAAGUCACAGUUAAACCUUUGGACCUGGGUCUUACCGUAACUACAGAACGUACAACAGAGACUGAAACUUCUCCAACCACGCAAGAGACCCCAACUCAGCCUCCAGAGCUACCUAAGGAGGUUGUAGUUCAAUAUCCAUUCCAUCAGGAAGCAACAGCUCCAACUCCAAGUAAGGAUCAAGGUCAGCAUCCAGUUUCAGCCAGCGUCACAUUUCAUCAUGAGGACUUGGGGCUUACCAUUACUCCAGAACCUAUUACAGAGGCUGAACAUUCUACAACCAUGAAGAAGACUACACCUUCUCCAAAGGACCUUGAGGUGACACCUGCACAUCCAGAACAGGUUCAGAGUCAACAUCCAAACCUGACUGAAGUCACAGUUCCACCAAUGGACCUGGAAAUUACUGUAACCGCAGGAUCCAAUAUGGAGGUUGAACCUUCUCCAACCAUGCAAGAGACCCCAACUCAGCCUCCAGAGCUACCUAAGGAGGUUGUAAUACAAUAUCCAUUCCAUGAGGAGGUGACAACUCCAACUCCAAGUAAGGAUCAAGGUCAGCAUCUAGUGUCACCCAGGGUUACAUUUCAUCAUGAGGACUUGGGGCCUACCAUUACUCCAGAACCUAUUACAGAGGCUGAACAUUCUACAACCACAAAGAAGACUACAACUCCUCCUCCAAAGGACCAUGAGGUGACACUUGCACAUCCAGAACAUGUUCAGAGUCAACACCCAAACCUGACUGAAACCACGGUUCUACCUAUGGACCUGGAAAUUACUGUAAGUCCACAACCAGAGUCAUCUGAGACAGUUUUUCCCCCAACCACCCAGCAUUCAGUGGUGCAUUUUGUAAAAUACACCCCAGAAAAGGCACGCACAGCUUUAACUCAGCCACCAGAAGAGAAUGCUACCAUGAACAUCAACAUAUGUGAGCUCUGUACCUGCAAAGAUGAGACGCUGUCAUGUACUGGUUUCAGCCCAAAGCAGAGGCUCCGCAGAGUGCCUGUACCAGAGCCCAACACCUACAAUGGCACCUUCACCAUCUUAAAUUUCCAAGGAAAUUCUAUUUCUUACAUUGAUGAAAAUAUAUGGAAGGCAUAUCGAUGGGCUGAGAAACUAAUUCUCAGUGAAAAUUCUUUGACCGAAUUACAUAAGGACUCUUUUGAAGGCCUGCUAUCCCUCCAGUAUUUAGAUUUAUCCUGCAAUAAAAUACAAUCUAUUGAAAGACGUACAUUUGAACCACUACCCUUUUUGCAGUUUAUAAAUCUUGGUUGCAAUUUGCUCACAGAACUGAGCUUUGGAACAUUUCAAGCCUGGCAUGGAAUGCAGUUUUUACACAAGUUAAUUCUCAAUCGUAAUCCUCUGACAACUGUUGAAGAUUCAUAUCUUUUUAAAUUGCCAGCAUUAAAAUAUUUAGACAUGGGAACGACACAGGUGACCCUUUCAACAAUUGAGAGCAUCCUCAUGAUGACCCUUGAAUUGGAAAAACUGAUUUUACCUAGUCGUAUGGCCUGCUGUCUCUGUCAAUUCAAAAAUAAUAUUGAGGUUGUCUGCAAGACAGUCAAGCUGCAUUGUGACAGUGAAUGUAUGACAAAUGCCACACAUUGUGAUGAAGAAGUAUCUAUAAGGAAUACAGAAGGCUCAUUCAUGAAGGUAUUGAAAGCCCGGAAGAAGAGCACCAGUACUGAGCUGACUAUUGAGCCAGAGAAGGCAUCCUCAGACAAAAAUAGUGUCAGUCUAGCCUUUAUCAAUGAGCAGCUAGACUUUAAUGAUGAAAGUGAUGUUAUUAGUGCGCUGAAUUACAUAUUGCCUUAUUUCUCAGAGGGAAAUCUAGAAGAUGUAGAAUCAACAUUAUUACCAUUCAUUAAACUUCUGUUUUCAAAUGCACAAGAUGGAGACAAGCCCACGGGUCCCUUGACACACGACACAGGAAGCCUAUCUCUUAAACCUGGACCCAACAAUUCAACUUACAAAAAUAAACUGAAGAAACUCUAUUUUCUGGAAAAUUUGUUAGAUGCAGAAAUUCAAGAAAAAAUUGAUGAGGUGAAAAAGAAAGAAAAAACUGCCAUGCUUAUACAUUCCGGUCUUUUUGGUCCCAAAUUUAAACGCCAGAUCUUUCCAAAGAAAUUGGAAACUGCCCAAGCACAGGAAGAGAGCCUCGCCAAGGCUGAGCAUGUAGGGAAAAAGAUGCUGAGAGUGAAAAAGGUCAUCAAGGGCCCCAAGGGCCUACGGAAAAGGUACUUCAAAGAAAUGAGCCGUCAGAGCAACCAGAGGAAACAGAAUGCCCAGCCAUUUGUGGAGAACAUGGCCAAAGAAAGAAGGCUCGGGAGACCAUCUCCAAGGGAGCUGGAGCAGCUUCACAUGGCGCAGAGGCCCAAGAAAUUAGUGGGAGACUCCUUCAAUACAGAGCCUUCAUUCAUAAAGGAGCACAAGGCAGCAGUCUCUUCCUUCCUGAAACAAUACUCGUUGGGCAGGCCUUCUGCCUCCACUGCUCCGAAAUCCCUACCUGAGGUGAAAAACAAAUCAAAAGACUUAACCUACACCAUUUUUGUUUUAGAGGAUGCAAAUGCUAGAGUUAGGAAUAUGAAGGCUCCCAGACCAGUCUCACAUUCCGGAAAGAAGUACAUCUUUCAUAAAACUCGCUCACGUGUGGUCCACAGAGAACCUAAGGCCAAACGCAAUCGAAAAUUCAAAAAGAAAAGUCCUCUCAGAAAUAGACUGAUGCUGGCAAAGAGGCCUCCAUUCUCUGCAGUCAGGAGCCUCAUAAAUUCCCCCUCACGGGAGGCUUUUUCAUCUUCAGGAGAAAUGAGUUCUCAGGAAAAUCCUUUUCCGGAAUUAUUUACUCUUUCAGAACCAAUUAGGGAAAACACUACUGUGGAAAACACUACUGCGCAGAAUGUUUUUGAAGAAUCUAUUUCUGCAGAAAAUAUGACUGUGCCAGAACAAACCCUCCCUGAAUUCGGGAACCAUGAGAAUCUUCCCAGGGCACAUUCUGCAGCAACCGGAGACAACUUUAUGCCAACUGUUAAACAAAUCAAUGAAACACAAUGGGAAUACCACAACGUGGGCACCGAAUUGCCCCCGAAGCCCACAGAGUUCACUGUGUCGAAGCACUCAGCCACAGGGGAUCUAUUUGAAAUUCAGCUAAACCAGCAGCUACGGUCCCUUAUCCCCAAUAAUGAUGUGAGAAGGCUCAUUUCUCAUGUUAUCCGGACUUUGAAAAUGGACUGCUCUGAGACCCACGUGCAACUAGCCUGUGCCAAGCUCAUCUCCAGAACAGGCCUCCUGAUGAAGCUUCUCAGUGAGCAGCAAGAAGUAAAGGUGUCCAAAGCAGAGUGGGAUACGGACCAAUGGAAGACUGAGAACUAUAUCAACGAGAGCACAGAAGUCCAGAGUGAACAGAAAGGGCAGGAGUCAAGUGAGCUCACAAAAGAAGUUCCAGGUUAUGGCUAUAACAACAAACUCAUCUUGGCAAUAUCUGUGACUGUAGUAGUGAUGAUUUUGAUUAUAGUUUUCUGUCUCAUUGAGAUUUAUUCUCAUAGAACAGCAUCAGAGGAAGGUAAAGAAGGAAACUCAAGGGGCUUCUUUCGGUCUCUGCUGCGGAAGAGAUGCUCAUCCGAAAAUGAGAAUCAGGAGGGCUUUUUCUGGAGAAGGCGGCCACUUUGGCUUCGGGACAUGUACAGACCUCUCAAUGCCACACGCAAGAAAAACAUGGCACAGAAGUUACACGACAAGGAUUCUUCUGAUGAGGAUGAGAUUUUCAACAAGGAACCAGGAGAGAAAAGUGAAGCCCCAGCAGAGAAGGCUCAGGCCACAGAUUCGACUGCUGAAGAGCUGGGUGAGGAGAGUGAGACCGCCGCAGAGACCGUCACGGAGUGAGCCCAUCCUGCCUCAGGCCGCCUACAGAGUUUAUUUUCUGAUAUUGGCUUCUCAGCGUUGCUUGUAAAAUACUUAUUUUUCUCAUAUUAAAAGGUAUAAGUUCAUAACCAAUUCUAGCCACGUGGUAAGGAAUUAAAAUGGAACCAGUUAAACAUGUAUUAUUGAGAGAACAGGGGCCACGGGCACG